AUGUCGUCGCGGCUGUUACCGGGCUUCUCGCUCCUGACCGGAACUCAAGCCGACGUUGCCACCGCCAUGCUCGCUCAGAGCGCCACUACAACCGCCAGCGGCGCUAGCACUGGAUCAGCUUCUAGCAGCACUGCCACUGGAUCUUCUGCUUCGCCUACCUCUGCCAGUGGUGCAAUUCAACAAAUCAACGCGAUCCGCGGUUAUCUCAUCGGUGGUAUCAGCAUCCUCGCUGCCGCUGCUGUCGCCAACUUGGCUUGA